AUGAUUACUUUGUUCUUGGUUCUUCUAACUCUUGUUGUUGCCUCGGAGUGUCAUGUGAUUGGAGGAGCCAAUGAAGAAAUUCCAAAUUAUGGCGCUGGACAGAGAACUGGAACCGGAUACGGUAGUUCACAGGGAGGAGAGCGCCGAAAUGGAACGAACGAUGAGUUCCCACACGGAGGCUCUGGUGGUCAGCAAGGAGGUACUUUCGGCCAAGGUUACGGAGGCAGUUCAGACGGUAGGGAUCGCGACAGUAACGAAGGAAGUCGAUAUUCUGGAAGCGGUACGGGUCAAAGGUUUGGAAGUGGCACUGGAGAUCAGAAUUAUGGAGGAAGUGAUGGCGGGUCAAGUAUCGGAAGUGGUGUUAGCCGAACUAUAGGAGGAGGACUGGGCAGAGGACUAAACACAGGUGAUUCUCCCCAGUUACCCUAG